AUGAAGGAUAUACUUAGAGCAGUGCGUCAGCCUGGCCCGCACCAACUCCUUGUCAAGACGUCCCACAUUGGACAGAACCCAACUGACGUCCAGUCGUUUGACUCGAAUGCGUUCGGCGAUGGCGCAGUGCUGGGCUGCGACUUCGUCGGCACCGUAGAGACGUUGGGCAAGGACGUCUCGAGGGCCAGACAAGGCGACACCAUCGCUGGACUAAUCUGGGGCGGUGAGCUGAAGGGUCUCGGGGCGUUCAGCGAGCAUGCCCUUGCAGACGAGAAAAUCAGUUUCAAGGUGCCGAAAUCCGUCCCUGUGGCCGAAGCUGCCACCGUGCCGUUGGCAUCUGCAACAGCGUGGCUCGCUCUGUUCUCCAAGGACUGUUUGAGUAUCCGGAGGUCUCACGGCGAGGACGUGUCCGUUCUCGUCUGGGGCGGCAGCUCUAGCGUCGGUCAGUACGCCAUCCAAUUAGCUGCGAUGUACAACUUCAAGGUUAUUACCACGUGCAGUGAGCGCAAUUUCGACCUGGUUAAGUCGCUCGGGGCACACCACGCCUUCGACUAUCGCAAUCCCGAUGUGGUGAAGCAGAUCCGAGAAGUUGUUCCAGACUUGGAAUACGUCUUUGAUACCAUCGGAGGUUCCGAUUCAUCCAGGCUGGCCUCGAAUGCCCUCAAGGAGACUGGUGGUAGGCUUUGCACAGUCAGGCCCGGUAAAGCCAACACGGAAUCAGUCAGCAAGCAGACAACGGUCACAGACGUGCUUAUUUGGACUGCAUUCCUCAAGGACCACAGAUAUGGAGACUUUUUCUGGCCGGCAAACCAUGAUGAUCAUGAAUUAGCCUCGAUACUCUUUGACAAGUUGCCCGAGUGGCUCGAGACUGGCAAGAUAAAGCCAAACGGUGUAAAGGUCUUGAAAGGGCUGGACACUGUUCCUGAAGUUUUGCAGGAGUACAGGGAUGGCAAGAUCUCCGCUUACAAGAUUGUGUAUGAGAUUUGA